AAAAAUCAAAGAAAAAGAAAAACCUUAGGGUUUAUCUCACCGCCCACAGCCACGAAAGUACAAUCUAUUGAAUCAAAUGUGAAGUUUCUCCGUAGUAUCCAUAAAAAUUGAAGAGAAAAAGGAAUGGAUGCCAGAGUGGGGGUGCCUGGUCGAGGCGGCAGCGUGGUAGACGGAGGAGCCGGUUCGUUCCUGCCGCAGCACCACCACCAGCGUCUGAAACACCAUCAAUACCACACGCAACAGCAGCUUCAGAAUUCGCAGGCGCAAAUCGGGACUGUGUCGCAGCUUCUUGCGGGUGGCAUAGCCGGAGCGUUCAGCAAGACCUGUACUGCCCCCCUUGCUCGCCUCACCAUUCUAUUUCAGGUCCAAGGCAUGCACUCUGAUGUGGCAGUGUUAAGUAGACCAAGUAUAUUCCAUGAGGCUUUGCGCAUUGUUAAUGAAGAAGGGUUCAGAGCUUUUUGGAAGGGAAACCUUGUCACUAUUGCUCAUAGACUUCCAUAUUCAUCAGUCAAUUUUUAUGCUUAUGAACAGUAUAAGAAAAUUCUUAAAUCUAUUCCAGGCCUCUAUGGUAGUAAUAAGAGAAAUGCUAGUACAGAUCUAUUUGUGCAUUUUGUAGGUGGUGGUUUAGCUGGGAUGACAGCUACUUCUGCCACCUACCCUUUGGAUCUUGUCAGGACAAGGUUGGCAGCACAGAGAAGUACGAUGUAUUAUCAAGGCAUUUCCCAUGCCAUCAGCACCAUUUGCAGGGAUGAAGGUUUUUUUGGGCUGUAUAAAGGACUUGGAGCAACAUUAUUGAGUGUUGGGCCUAGUAUAGCGAUAAGCUUCUCUGUUUAUGAAUCUUUGAGAUCUCAUUGGUUAGCUCACAGGCCUGAUGAUCCCAAUCUUAUGAUUAGUCUUACUUGUGGAAGUCUUUCAGGAAUUGCAUCAUCUACUGCUACAUUCCCUUUGGACCUUGUGAGGCGAAGAAUGCAGUUGGAAGGAGCUGGUGGUCGAGCACGUGUAUACAACACAGGCCUUGUUGGGGCAUUUAGGCACAUCGUUCGAACUGAAGGUUUUCGUGGGUUUUAUAGAGGGAUUAUGCCCGAGUACUACAAAGUUGUUCCUGGUGUGGGGAUUGUUUUCAUGACAUACGAGGCACUGAAGAAGUUUCUAUCUGAAUCACCCUUUGCUUGAUUGAUCAUCAUCAUCUUGCAGAAAGGAAAAGAAAAACCUAAGCUUUUGGUAGUUUGGGAAGUCAAAAACUUGGCCCCUAUUGAAGUGUUGUCCUACAUGCUUUUUGCACUUGCCUUGGGUUCUCUUAGUAGUACUUAACUCUUCAACAUUGAUGUGUACGUUAGCACUUCCUUUUUCUGAAUUGAACUUCAAACGAAUUUUGUUAGCUGAAAAGUUUCUUUCGACGCUUGUAUUGACAAUGACAUAAUUGGAUUGUAUUACUUGCUGACCAUUAUU